AUGUGUGCUCUGCAUGGUGGGGAAGGAGAGCCAUUUGAGCAGUUUACGUUUGUGGGUGACAAAGUUAAAGUGUUUGACAGUGCGUCUGUAGAGCAGGAGCAUGUCACAAGACAUAAGGGACUGCGUCGUUCUGUGAGAGCUAAUCCGUGGCUCUCGCUCUCUAGACACUUCAGCUACGUCGCCGAUCGUCUGCGACUGGAUGCUGCGCUGCUCCGUCGUCUUGUGGAAGUGGGAAUGAUGAGCGGAGACGAAUACGACGAGUUGACGAAUGAAUGUUUUCUAAAGAGAAAGAGAAUGAAGCGUCUAUUGAGAGAUAUCCUUCCUAGACAAGAUCCUACACUAUUCGACACGUUCUGCAAGAUAGUGAGUGAAGUGGGUCAAGGAUUUAUUGUUGAGAAGCUCAAGGAAGGUCCAGAUGAAAUCGUCAAGUCAGCAGCAUAUGGAAAGGAAGCGAAAGAGUCAGACACAACAGCGGCCGCUGCUGCGUGUGCCAGUUGCGUGACUUCCGCCUCAGUAAGGGAAAGUCCCGAAGGCGGUACGAUGUCAACAUCACGUGAGUUUGACGUGGGAAAGAGUAGCAGGAAAGUUGUUGCUAAUGGUCGCAGAAGAGGCAGAAGACACUUUAGAUUGUCGCGACGUCCGCCAGCUACUACUGCACGUGACGGUGGGAGGGGAAAAGAAGAUGUGGAAAGUGCAGGGAAUAGUAUCGGAGGUGAAUACAAACCGUUACAAGAAGCAUCCAUGUAG